AUGCGCAGUAUUGUGACUCUGGUUAUUCGUUCGGCUUGGUUCGUCCUUCUGGCCCACUCCCUUCUCUUGGUCGGAGGAGCCUCGCCUUUGGUCGGUGUUGUUGUUGGAGCAGUGGUAGUCUACAUGACUUUCCAAGGCCGCUUUGCUACGGAUAAUCGAGAGGAUGCCAAAAAGUUCGCUCUCAUCGCCGCAACGUUACAUGUUGCUGCCUUCGCUUUGCUGGUGAUGGUCUUGUUACAUGACGUUGGCGGCAUGGGCAUGUCUUUGCCAGCAUGGGUGAUGAGUCCGUUCACUGGUGGGUUCAUGUGGGUGACUCGUGCGGUAGCGCUGGUCCUUCCAGUAGUCACUGCAUUAACUGGGCCAUGGAUGCUCCAACGCCCUUUUGCUUACCCGAGUUCCAUGACCGAGGAAUUUCUGCUUGCCACUGCUGUACGUCUCUUCGUGUACCUGGGCUUCUUGGUCCAAGUAGCAAGCUUCACCUAUGAAGGGUCGGCCAAGGGAGAGUUCAUGCUCUCUAUGGUUGUCUAUCCAAUACUUGUAUGCGUCAUGUCGCUACAAGUUUCGCAUCAGGCUGACCUAAUAGCAUAUGACUCGAGAGUGGCGGUAUUGGCUCAUCUGCUCAUCCGAAUGCCAUGCGGUGAUUCUAUGUCCCUGCUCUGGAUUACACUCAUAUACGGUCUCUUAGUCCCUGUUGUUGACUCACCCAUCGGGACCACAGUCGUUGGUUAUGAUGAAGCUUUCUUAGACGAUAACGGAACUGAGUCACUGGUGGGGAGAGGUUUGAAGGCUUGUCAACCAGUGCUCGAGACUCUCAUCAGAAGCCUCUGCAUUCCUCUUCUCGUCGUGUGCAUUACCACCUUUGCUACUCCGGUGGCCUUCUUUAUGCUCAUGGCAGUUCUACUGAUCCCGCCUCUACGGAACAAAUCGCAUUAUCUGGCACUUGCUCUAUACUUAGUAGCCGUCUCACCAUUACCACAGUUGUACCCAGUUGUCCUAGUCUCAGCCGUCCCUGGUCUGUCACCAGUUGUGCUGUCUCCUCUGGCAUCUUUUUCGGCUCUAGUGUGUACAACGAUGAAGCUGCUGGUCGACAGCGAUCGCGGGACUCUGCAGAGAUCGCUUCGCUUCCUACCGAUGUCAUUCGUGUCACCAAUACGGUUGACGUGCCAGUUGCUCUUAUGGUCGAUCGUCCUGCGGGCGGUUGAGGGCUCCUCUCAAGUGGAUCGUUUGUGCCAAUCUGUCUUCUUCGUCUGUACGCUCAUAUGGCAACUAGCUGGUAUCCGUUAUGGUAAGACCUUUGCCUCAGAGUUCGUCAUCUGCAACUCCGCUGUCCUCGGAGCUCUUGUUUCGUUUGCCGCUAUAUCCGCCGAUAAGGGCUCCAUUCUGGAGUUCCAAGCUGCCAUUUGGUUACGAUGUGUGCCGGUUAUCUUGGCAGCUUCGAUGCUCUGGGCAUUAGAUCGCGUGACACUGAUCUCUCAGGGCCAGGAAGAGUCGAGGUCUGGGAGUAUGUUCGCGUCUGGGUUGGCAGUAGUGCUUAUGGCCUGUCUCUAUACGGCUCUGCCUCUCCUGCCAUCGGCCCCUCUACGAGUGUUGACCAUCACGAUGACUGCGGGCUGCGCUGGUCUCGCGUCUCUACUCUCGCUGGUGAUGCCAUUGCGCAGUGCCAUAGGGUGGGGUACCGGCGUGGCCAUAGUCUUCGCCGUUGGGAACUAUGUUGUUGGCGUUAUGCAAGGGGAGAGCACUCGAGUCACUGCACAGCUGUGUUGGCAGAUGUGGUUCCUCACGGCCAGCCAGAGUGUAGCGUUCACCCCUGCGAUUCCGUCGCCACCCUCAUUCUCGAAGGGCAUGCAGAAGCUGGUAGCCGCGAUUGCUCCUAUCUCCACGUUCUACUUCUCUACGGUCAAGGGACUCUAUCACCCUCAGAGCUUCCCCAUUGAGAACCUAGUGCUCACUGUCUUCGCGGUCCUGGCCGUGUCCUUACCAAGGUUUCUCCAGAAACCAGGUAGGGUAGCAGUAAUGUUCUCGAUUAUCCACCUUUAUGCUCUUAUAGUGAUAGUAUCUGGCUCUGGCUUUCGCAAGGUUCCUCUGAGCGGCGUCAUAGCUCACUACUACCCCCUUGGCGUAUGCGUCUUGGUGGCAGCCUUGACACACAGUGGGCCGAGUGAAGCUACUGAUCGUGGUAUUCUAGCACUCGCCAAUGACUACUCUUCACCCGACAUAUAUAGACUCAUCCUCCUGGUCGUCGCCGUGGUCAGGCCUUCGGUCUGGUCUGUUGCCAUCUACCUCCCCUUAUCUCUGAGCAGUCCACGAAACGAGGCAGUUCAUAAAUUAGCGAUAUCAGUGCUCUCGAUAUCAGUACUUGAGCUCUGUAUCACGCCGAUGAUCCUGUCAGUGGUGCAAAAACCCUUCCCAACGACUCCGUUAUACCAGUGGCUUGGUCUCAGCUGGGCUAGCGCUCCGGGGGCAAUGAUGACCAAUAUCGUCGGCCUCACCCACGCAUCAGUGCUCCUCUACGAGAGGCCGAUGCCUCUGCUGACUCCGACCAAGUUGGUGUUAGCUUUCUUUGGUAUCUUGGCAGUUGAGCUCGUUGGAGAUGGCCGGAGGUCCAUAGGAGUCUUCAUUGUUGUUAUACUGUUGUCGGGGUUGGGAAUGCUUCUGGAGAUCCCCCAAAGCGGCAGAGCCCCUGUCAGUAGAUACUGCUUCCUGGUUGUCUGUGGGCUCUAUUACUCCCUGUGUGUCCUUUCGCAAAUCCCUUCCGACUACAUCUCUCACAAGCCACGCUUCUGGUUGUAUCUCAAAGACUUCCUGCCCCUCUUCUCGUUCGGGGAAGUCCCCUCUCUGGCCCUCUUCGAGCUGUGCGCUCCUUUGCUAUACUUACUUACGAGACCUCUACGGCCCAGUAGUCCCGACAAUUUCUUGGCUGGUGACAGUUCGACUAUAGCAGAGGGUUGGGUCCGGCGAGUUCUCCUGCAGAGGUGUCAAGCCGAUGAGCGCAAGCAUAAGGCUAAUUUGGAUACUCUUUUGCGGCGUCUGAACCGAAUUGUGGCUGUCGCUGGUACGAUGGCCACUGAAAAUGACGACGGCGUGGAAGGGGUCAGUAACCAUCACAUGCCACAGAGGAGCACUACCCAGGACCAUAUCUCGGGCUUGGCCGAGAAGUUCACAGACGGACAGGCGGCUAUCGACGACGACCAGAUAGAGGAGAUCGCCUUGUACUUGGGAAUGUCGGUGGUCCAAGUGAAGGCAGACUUGACGGAAGUGAGCGAAUCACUACCAGGUGACACCUCUCCAGAGUUCAUCGUCAGCACUGUACUGAAACGCCUGAUGGUGACAGGGAGCUCAGAAGCUGAUAUUCAAGAGAAGCGAGAGGGUAUCCUGGCUAGGGCCAAGGAGGAUCUAGAGGCCAGUCGCACACAGUCGGUUGAGCCUGCCAGCAGCCAGACGACUCCGAGUAGCAUGGGUGUGCCGGCCGCUCACAGUGGCCGCCGGUCGAUCAUGGCGGCUGAGAACGUGACUGGCGCGGUGGCACAGACGACUGAUGCUGUCAUCGAUGGUUUUGCUAUGGUACUCGGUGGUCCGAACGCUAACCUGCCUCGGGCUAGCAUCGAUGGUAAUCAGCAAGAAAGGCGUCAUAAAAGAUUCAACAUCAUCACUUCUUUACUCGACAGCUUCUGCUACCACGUCAUCGAUCCCGCGCUGAAAGUUCACCCGGUGUCUAGGAGGUUCCCAUCGACCAUACAGUUCUUGCUCUCCCAUACUGCUAUAUGGGUUGCCAUCGCACUGUUCGCUCAGAGCUUGGUUUACAACGCCUCCAUACUGUCUGUGGUCCCUCUAGGUAUCAUGCUCUGCUGGCUCAUUCCCACGAGUUACCCUUUCCUUAGCCCCGCGCCGUGGAUUGUGGUUGCUCUUUGUAUCAUGGCCAGCCUCGUGUUGAAGCUGCUCAUGCAAAUGCCCCAUGUGUGCGAUACCGACUCUUACGUCCCAUCGAUUGUGGAGAGUCGCUGGGAAUGUCCCCCUACCUACGGUGUUCUGACCCCCUUGGCCCGUCUGGGCCUGUUCAAGAUCUCAGACUAUGAGGAUGCCGCCUUGCUACGUUACGUCGGGUGGGACAUCGGCAUUGUGCUGCUCGUGGGCCUCCAUCUUAUCCACAAACGCUUCUCUGGUCGCGGCACUGACAUGACACCGUGGCAGGCGGAGGCGAUAUUGCGCAGACUUGAGGAAGUCGAUGGGCGGCCAGAGAGCAGCGAGCAGGACUCUGAGGUUGGUGAUACCCACACUGUGUCACUAAGGAGACCUUCAUUGGAUCUGUUCAUCCCUCGCUUCGCCUUCAGUCUGGUUGUGAUCUUCCUUAUCAUAUUUGAUUGGUCGGCCAUCUCCUCAGCCUCUACCACUAAGGUCGAGGCUGGCUUUGCGGAGAGCGUCAAAAACAACAGGUUCUCCACAGUGCAAGUUCUAGCUAUAGUUGGUCUUAUCAUCCGAGUACUGAUCGACCGAUACAUCUACUCGCGGCUGUCGACUUCAGUGGAUGGUUACAGCUGCGGUCGUCAUGUGACCACCGAGAAGCUCAUAUUGUGGACCCAAACUAUUCUUAUGUUGGCUGGCUGUGCUUAUAUCCACUCAGUACCAUUGAGACUUGUGAUACCUUUCACGUGCUAUUUGGUCCUUACUGGUAUGCAGCUGCACUUUGCCAUAAGGGUUUCGCACCCUGGAUUGGUAUGGCUGGGGUCAAUACCACCGACCAGGGAUCCUAGUGACCCUACCAAGCCUAUACCCCCUAGUAACGGUGCCUGGGUUUCUUAUUAUGCAUAUCGUGUGUACCGCGUUAUCCCGUUCUUGGAUGAGCUCAGAGUGAUCUGCGAUUUUGCUAGCGCAAGAGGGACGGCGCUGUCGCUGUUCAUGUGGUUCAAGCUGGAAGAUGCUUGGCAGAAUCUCUAUCUGGUGCACUACGACAUUGCUGGACGGGCUUCGAUUGACCGACAGACAGGUCCGAAGUACCGCUUCCUGUUGGGUGGCAGUCUUCUCGCCUUCCUGGUCUUUGUCAUCACUGGGCCGCUCACGUUCUUCUCCGGUCUCAACUUAUUGAGAGAGUCUAAUAUGGUCACCAGUGCAUCAAUAGCUAUCUCGUUGAAGGUUGGAGAGUUCUCUAUUCCCGUAUGGAAUACCGAUCAUGUCGGUCUCAGAGUCCCACAGGCAUCGGAGUACCCACUCAUGCCCGAAGAGUUGGUCUCUUAUACAGCCAUGCAGAGUGCUGACCUCCAGAAUGCUACAUUGCCAAAGGCUGCCGAUGAGCUAUGGCAACCGAGUCCACCACUUCGUCGACAGAUCAGAGACUAUAUUCAGGCCAACCAGACACCUGAUGGGGAGGUCAAUGCGACGUUCUGUGUGACUUGGGAGUUUGGUCACUCCCAACCUGGCAGUGUACGGUCCUCGGGCUAUCAUUGCGUGCAGUCAGUGGAGCCGGCACAGCAGCUUCUGGAUGCGAUGGCCUUGGUGAACGGUAGCCAGCUACAUAUAGACGGGCUCUUACCUAGGGCGCUUUAUCUGAAUGGCCCAUGGGCAAGCCCUCCAGGGUCAUUCCGCCAGUUCACCAACGUAUCGUUGAAGGUUGAAGAGGAGGAUUCUCAGAUAUGGUGGUCUCUGGCUGAGAACCCCACAUUGGCGGUGGUCAGUGAGAGGGCGGUGCCGCCCAGUGCUGGAGGAGGUGCAUCGGCAUCGUCGACUCUCAGCGUCAUCAGCCUCUAUGUGGGCGUGGUGCUUACCAUAGGACGCUUCUUCAGGCUGGUCAUCCAAGACAGCAGUAAACGCAUCAUGUUUGAGGAGCUCCCAUCGGUAACGUAUCUCCUCCAGCUCUGUCAAGGAGUCCAGAUCGCUCGUAUGCGCCACUCACUAGAGGCUGAGCGUGUGCUCUACUACGAAGUUGUCACACUCUACCGUUCGCCAGCUAAGUUGCUGUCGGUCACUGGAAGCACGAGUCAUAUGCCUGAUGUCCUUGUGAGCAAGCGAGCCUCGGCUCAUGCAGCGUUAAGACGGCGAGCUGAACCACAGGGCUCUGGAAUCUCGGCUGCUGGUGCUCCUCUACUCCCUGCUGAGGUCUGA